CACGGGAACUUUAUAGCAAAUUUCCCAUUGAUAAAAUCAGAAUCAAAUACAGAAUUCAGGUUUAAUCCUAAUUAAUCUGUCACACCUAAAUGAGCCUCUAUAUAAACUUCAACAGCCAAACAAAUAAGUCGUAUCGAUCAUGGCUUCAAAACUGUUCCUCACUGUGGCCGUAGUAGCAGCAGCGCUAUCGUUCAUCGCUGCGGCUGAUUAUGUCAGAUCACCGCCACGCGAAAUGCUUCGUUCCCCCUCGAGCUCAGAGCCGCCUUCUUCUCCACAGCAGGUUCACAUCUCCUUGGCCGGAGCUAAUCACAUGCGGAUCUCAUGGAUCACUAGCGACGAGAAAUCUCCAAGCUUAGUCGAAUACGGAAUCUCGCCCAACAGCUACACCUCCAAAGCUCAAGGAGAGAACACUAGCUACACUUAUUUAACCUACAAAUCAGGCAAGAUUCACCACGCCGUCAUUGGCCCGCUCCACGACCAAACCACCUACUACUACAAAUGCGGCGGAGCUGGUCCAGAGUUCCAACUCAGAACGCUGCCGUCUAAGCUGCCGGUGACUCUGGCCGUCGCCGGAGAUCUAGGUCAGACCGGAUGGACCAAGUCGACUCUGGACCAUAUAGCACGGCUCCAACACGAUCUUCUCUUGCUUCCGGGAGACCUUUCCUAUGCUGACUACAUACAGCCUGCUUGGGACUCGUUCGGACAACUGGUGCAGCCACUGGCGAGCACGAGGCCGUGGAUGGUCACACAGGGCAACCACGACAAGGAGAAGAUACCAGUCCUCGAACAUAGCUUCCUGUCCUAUAAUUCACGAUGGAAGAUGCCGUAUCAAGAGAGCGGCUCCGGUUCGAAUCUAUACUAUUCGUUCGACGUGGCCGGAGUUCAUGUUAUAAUGCUUGCUUCCUAUACAGAUUAUGAUGUGAACUCUGAUCAGUAUAAGUGGCUAAAGGGUGAUCUUUCGAAAGUGAAUCGCGGAAGGACACCAUGGAUCCUUGCCGUAUUCCAUGUUCCAUGGUAUAACAGUAACGAGGCUCAUCAAGGUGAAGGUGAUGGCAUGAUGGCAGCAAUUGAGCCCUUGCUGCAUGCUGCUGCCGUGGACGUUGUGUUUGCUGGCCAUGUUCAUGCCUAUGAACGCACAAAGCGUGUCUUCAAUGGUAAAUCCGAUCCUUGUGGAUUCGUACACAUCACGAUUGGCGAUGGUGGAAACAGUGAAGGCUUAGCGCGCAGGUACAAGGAGCAGCAGCCCGAGUGGUCUGUCUUUCGUGAAGCAAGUUUUGGCCAUGGUGAGCUCAACAUCGUGAAUUCAACUCAUGCGUUUUGGAGUUGGCACAGGAACGACGACGAUGAACCUGUGACAUCGGACAAAGUUUGGAUAAAUUCACUGUUGAGUUCAGGGUGCCCCGCUAAAAGGAGUAAUGGACUCAGAAAACUACCAUUGGCGCCAUGAAAUGAAUUAUAAAUCCAAGAUUUUAAUUAUGGAUUCUCAACUAGGAAAGGUGCCUUUGGGUUUCUGUUUCUUAUUGUCAUUUCUUGGUUAUAUCAGUUUCGACAGUAAUGAUCACUUAUUCUGUUUGCAAAUUCCAGAAUAUGUUCUACAUUUACCCAUUAGUAAUAUAGUGGCUAGUGUUAUUCUCUCAUUUCACUUCUAAUGUGUAUAUUUGUCAUGGAAACCUACACAGUAGUAUGAUAUUUUAUACAUGAAACACAAUAUCUGUUCUCA